AAAUACACUUCCGCUUUUUACGAAUCAUUAGCGACCGAGGAUGCCUAUAAAAUAAUAAAAACUAAAUAGCUAGUGUUAAAACUGAGACAGAAAAAAGCAACUGGACGGAUAGUUUGAGAGAAUGGUGUUCUUGUUUAAAUGUGGCGUUUAUUUCGAAAGCUUCGGAAAACCUGGGGAGUUCUGUUUCUUACUGCCGUGCUGUAUGUGUUUGGUAUCUUCUACAUAAUGAAACAUAUUCCUGAAUUAACAGACUCCCCCCGAUGUGCAACGUUGAUGAAAAGGCCAAAGCUCUCGUGGUUAUACUGUAGUAGAAACGAUGUGUAUCGAGGACAAGCUAUGGCGAGAUUGAGGCUCUCGCUACGCUCUCUCCUUAGGGGCCUUAGGGAAUCUAAACUUUUAGAUGUUUCUGAAAUCAUCAUAACUGAUUGGAAUUCUCACACUCCUUUAUACAACGAAUCGACAUUUAAUGAAAUACUCGCCAAAGAGAAUGCAGAAAUUCCAUUUUUUGUAAUUCACAUAUGUGAAGAAAUCGCACAGAAGUAUGCAGAAAGUGAAUUUUCAGAACCGCAUUCUCUUAAUGUUGCAUCAAGAUUUGCUCAUGGGGAAAUGCUCAUUCGUUUAGAUCAAGACACCAUGGUUGGACCAGCAUUUUUCAAAUGGCUAAACAAUCAGAGGAUACUUAACUGGCCGAAUCAUAACAAGGCUUGGUUUAGUGGUAGGAGAGACACAUCCAAGGAGGAGUAUGAUAGCGUCAUGGCCCAUGGGUACCAAUUCAUCAAGGAACAUGAAAAGGAAAUUGGACACUGGAGUCAUAAACGUGACUUUUUGGGUGGAGCCAUUGGUGUUCUCGCUGUACCAAAAGAUGUCUUUCAAUGCAUUGGCGGUUACAACGAAAACAAUAUUUAUUUUGGGUUCAUGGAGUAUGGCAUAUAUUGCCGCCUUCAUAAUCUCAACGUUCCCAUCAUUAACAUUAACUAUUUUGGAAUGUCCAUCCAUGCACCAUUCUACCAUAUUUGGCACGAAAGAAGCGACAACAAAAAGUGGAACGACGAAUUCUCAAAUUUCUCUAAUAACGAGUAUUGGGGAUUAUCAAAUGAGUCCCUCCCAGUGUUUUAUUGCAACUAUAUUUCGUGUCGCUAUUAUAAACACACGUCAUUGCUUGAUAUCCGCCAUUACCCAACACGAUAUAAUGGACAACUUUGUCAUGAUAUUAGAUAUAAACGCUCUAAGAAACGGCAUUCUAUAGUUGAAUGUCCUGAUAAGAAAUUGCCAAAAACGUCACGAUUCAUUUUAGUGUAGUGGUGACAUAUUGUUAUGGUCUCCUUUUUGGCGGCGGUUGGCGAUCUGCGUCUUCUGUAACUUCCAAUAACUUAACAAAUACUGUAAAGAUUGAC